UCCCACGCAGCCAGCAGUAUAAACAUUGUGCAGCGAGGAUCCUCCCCACCAUCCGUCCUGAGGUCAGGGACCAGGACGCAGGGAGGGGGGCAGUCAUGGCUCAGAGCACCGGCCAAACUUUCCCGGACAUCGUGGAGCUGAACGUGGGGGGGCAGGUGUACGUGACGCGCCUGGAGACGCUCACGGCGGCGCCCAGGUCCCUCCUGUGGGCCAAGUUCACGCAGAGCUCCCCGCAGGAGCUGCCCACGGACAGCAAGGGCCGCUUCUUCUUCGACAGGGACGGCUUCCUGUUCCGCUACAUCCUGGACUACCUGCGGGACUCGGAGCUCUCCCUGCCGGACUUCUUCAAGGAGCGGAGGAGGCUCCAGAAGGAGGCGGACUUCUUCCAGCUCCCCGAGCUGUCGAGGCGCCUGGCGGCCGCGAGCAAGGACAGCUCCUCCACGGAGGACAGCGCGGAGCAGGAGGAGGCGGAGCUCGGCAGCCCGGUCACCUCCUCCUCCUCCUCGGACCGAGCCGGAGCCGCCUCCGGGUUCAUCACGGUGGGCUACAGGGGCAGCUACACCAUCGGCAGAGACAUCCAGGCGGACGCCAAGUUCCGCAGGGUGGCGCGCAUCACCGUGUGCGGGAAGAUCUCCUUGGCCAAGGAGGUGUUCGGGGAAACGUUGAACGAGAGCCGAGACCCGGACCGGCCCCCGGACAAGUACACGUCCCGGUACUACCUGAAGUACAACUUCCUGGAGCAGGCGUUCGACCGGCUGUCCGAGGCGGGCUUCCACAUGGUGGCCUGCAACUCCACCGGGACCUGCUCGUACGGGAGCAGCGACCCGGGGGAGGACAAGCUGUGGACCAGCUACACCGAGUAUGUCUUCUGCCGGUGAGCUGCUGCAGGGAGGGGGGUCAACAUCUGGAAACACCUGGCUGGUGUUUCACACAUUCAGCUUCUUUACUGUUCUGAGUUCAGCCACCAUGAAUCUGACAGAAGCAAAAAAAAAAACAUCUGUUGAUUUAUUUUCUCUGACACCCCCGCCCCCCCCCCGCCCCCCAUCACACCAUCACAACCUUUAUGGUGUUCAUGGUUUGGGUCAUUACUGUGGAGUGUCUGUAAAGGCCUGCAGCCCCCGUCACUCUUUCAUUUCUUACUUUCUUUAAAUCACUUCCUCCUGCUCUGAACCGUUCUGUUGCUUCCA